UUUGCCCGAAGUUUUUACAUACAAAUUCUACUAGUCACACUUGGCCGUUCAGUGCAGUUGCUGAAUUAAUAGAUAAUGCUUAUGAUCCUGAUGUGAAUGCUAAACAGAUAUGGAUUGACAAAACAGUAAUAAAUGAUCAUAUAUGCUUGACAUUCACUGAUAAUGGGAAUGGUAUGACUUCAGAUAAAUUACAUAAAAUGCUAAGCUUUGGCUUCAGUGACAAAGUCACCAUGAAUGGUCAUGUUCCAGUUGGAUUGUAUGGGAAUGGCUUCAAGUCAGGUUCUAUGCGUUUGGGUAAAGAUGCAAUUGUUUUUACCAAAAAUGGAGAGAGCAUGAGUGUGGGCUUCUUAUCUCAGACCUACUUGGAAGUCAUAAAAGCAGAACAUGUUGUUGUCCCAAUAGUGUCAUUCAACAAGCAUCGACAGAUGAUUAAUUUAGCAGAAUCAAAAGCAAGCCUUGCUGCAAUUCUGGAACAUUCUCUCUUUUCUGCGGAACAGAAAUUACUGGCAGAACUUGAUGCCAUUAUGAGUAAGAAGGGAACAAGGAUCAUCAUUUGGAAUCUUAGAAGCUACAAAAAUGCAACAGAGUUUGAUUUUGAAAAGGAUAAAUAUGACAUUAGAAUUCCUGAGGAUUUAGAUGAGACAACAGGAAAAAAAGGGUACAAGAAGCAAGAAAGGAUGGACCAAAUUGCCCCGGAGAGUGACUAUUCCCUGAGGGCUUACUGCAGUAUAUUAUAUCUAAAGCCAAGAAUGCAGAUCAUCUUACGUGGACAGAAAGUGAAGACACAAUUAGUUUCAAAGAGUCUGGCCUAUAUCGAACGUGAUGUUUAUCGACCCAAAUUUUUAACUAAAACAGUGAGAAUUACUUUUGGAUUCAACUGCAGAAAUAAAGAUCAUUAUGGGAUAAUGAUGUAUCACAGAAACAGACUCAUCAAAGCUUAUGAAAAAGUUGGAUGUCAGUUAAGGGCAAACAACAUGGGUGUUGGAGUAGUUGGAAUUAUAGAGUGUAAUUUCCUUAAGCCAACUCAUAAUAAACAAGAUUUCGACUAUACUAAUGAGUACAGGCUUACAAUAGCAGCACUAGGAGAAAAACUGAAUGAUUACUGGAAUGAAAUGAAAGUGAAGAAAAAUGCAGAAUAUCCUCUAAAUUUGCCAGUUGAAGAUAUACAGAAACGUCCUGAUCAGACAUGGGUUCAGUGUGAUGCUUGUCUAAAGUGGCGAAAAUUACCAGAUGGAAUAGAUCAACUUCCAGAAAAAUGGUAUUGCUCCAAUAACCCUGACCCACAGUUCAGAAAUUGUGAGGUUCCAGAAGAACCUGAAGAUGAGGAUUUGGUACAUCCCACUUAUGAAAAAACCUACAAAAAGAACAACAGGGAAAAAUUCAGAAUCAGACAACCAGAAACCAUCCCUCGGAUUAAUGCUGAUCUGUUGUUUCGGACAAUUCCUAUUCCAAGUCAGAACUUUUCUGCUGCAAAGGAAAGUGUUCCAAGAGGACAUCUUUCAGAAGCAGCAAAUUCUUAUGCAACACGGCUUAUAAAUAAUCAUCAAGUUUCACCCCAGUCUGAACCUGAGAGCAACAGCCUGAAACGGAGACUUUCUACUCGUUCCUCGAUUUUAAAUGCAAAGAAUAGGAGAUUAAGUAGUCAAACGUUUGAAAAUUCAACUUAUAAAGAUGAUAAUGAUGAUGAAGAUGUUAUCAUCUUAGAAGAAAACAGUACUCCCAAACCCGCAGUAGAUCAUGAUAUUGAAAUGAAAUCAGAACAGAGUCACAUUGACCAAAGUGUUGUUCAGGUUGAGCUUGUGAGUGAUAAUGAACCUUGUGUCCAGACUAAUUUAACAAGCACCUCAUCAUCCAGGAGUGAUCAGGAAACUACUGCAGCCACCCAGACUGAAGUACCAAGUUUAAUUGUUAAAAAGGAAGAAACUGUUGAAGAUGAGAUAGAUAUAAGAAAUGGUACAGCAAUAUUGCCCUCCUGUGGAGAAGCUGAAGUAAAGAUACAUGAAACCCAGGAAACCUUUGAUAAAUCUGCAGAUGAUGCCAGCUGCCAAUUUAAUAAACUGAGAAAUGAUCUACUUCUGGUUUCCCAAGAAAAAGAAAAUUAUAAAAGACAGUGUCAUAUGUUUACUGACCAAAUUAGAGUGUUACAACAGAAGAUAAUAGAAAUGAACGACAAAUAUGUGAAGAAAGAAACUUGCCAUCAGUCUACUGAAACUGAUGCUGUAUUUUUACUUGAACGUAUUAAUGGCAAAUCUGAAAGUUCAGACUUUAUGGUAUCUCAGUAUCAGCAAGCUUUGGAAGAAAUAGAAAGGCUGAAAAAACAAUGUAGUGCUGUGCAGCAUGUAAAGGCUGAAUGCAGUCAGUGUUCUAAUAGUGAGAAUAAAAGUGAAAUGGACGAAAUGGCUGUGCAGCUUGACAAUGUAUUUAGACAACUGGACAAAUGUAGUAUUGAGAGGGACCAGUAUAAAAAUGAGUUUAAUAUUUGUAUUUGCAGCCUCAAACUUCGAUCUCUUCGAGUUAAUGUAGGACAACUGCUGGCUAUGAUUGUGCCUGAUCUUGAUCUUCAGCAAGUGAAUUACGAUGUUGACGUAGUUGAUGAGAUUUUAGGACAAGUUGUCGAACAAAUGAGUGAAAUCAGUAGUACUUAAAAUAUAUUCUAUGAAAAAUAAAAAUGUUUGCUCAAUUCUUAUGGUUGUACAGCUCUCAAUUUUGUUUCAUAGAUAUAGGUAAAAGACUGAAGAACCAUAAUCUUUACUGUAUUCUAUGCAUUCAAGUGUGGUCACAAAUAUUGUGGACACAUUAUCAUACCUUUUGAAAUACCUGUGAAUUAUUAAGUAUUAAGCAGCUGGAUAGCUAGCUAACUCAUAAUUCUGUUUUGAAUGUAAAUAUUUGAAAUUAAGUCUGCACAUAUUUUUUUAUUGCCCUAGAGUACUUAAGAAUUUUUCACCAGGAGCUUUUCAGGUUGCCCCUAACCUUUGUGCAAUUUUUUUCUGGUUUCCCAAAUUGUAUUUUUCUCUGAAUUGAGGGCUGUGCCAUAAUACAAAUGGAAUGUUACCUUUCAUUUUAUUGUAAAGGAGUUUAAAUAGGAUUUUUAAAUGCUCUAAUAAUGCUUCUGAUAAGGCUGUGAUUAUAAAUGAAUUAAUGUUUCUUUUCUAUAAAUUCCUAUCACCUGAGAUAUUUUAUCCAUGAAAAGACGGUAAGUAGAAACUGACUCCAUUUCACCAGGAUUUUUCUUGUGCUGAGAUUGCCAAUCAUGGUUAGAUACAAAGUAUGUUUUUAUAGAACAAAGAAACGAUCUUUAGUAUUAAAAAGUAUUGAAAAUAUUAAAUGACCACCAAGUUUACUUUGAAGCCCAUUUUUGGCUGUUUAGUCAACAUGGAGUGGGCACAAUAAUUAUUUAAUAUUUCUUUUUGUGAAAUUUCCUGUACAGCUUUUUGUAGGAUUACUACAUGUUGAUGUGAGUUGAGGAAGACAAUCUUUCUCAAACGAUACUACAUACCUUUUAUUAUAUUACAAACCUAAGUGUUUUAUAUCCUGGAGUUAAGGAACAAACUGCCCUAGGAUUAUAGUAUUACAUGCCACAAAAUAUUAUGCUUUAUUGUUCCCAUGGUUUGUGCAGUUUUAAAGAGAUGGCUUUCUAUUAAAUAUAAUUAUGUAUAUGUAAUUAAGAAUCAUAUUUUCCACAUCUAGAAUGUGCAUUAUUUUUUCUAAAGUUUUAUCAUUGCUAUUUAUUUUUACUUUUGUUUCUGAACAUUCAAUACAUGUUUAUUUUGUAUGUAUGCUUAAUUAUACAUGUCUGUCAUGUACAAUAUUAAAUUUUUACUGUAUAUUAUUAACUCUGGAAAGAACAAAUUAAUGAAGAUUGUUUUUAUUUGCUUGAUAAAGUAAUUGAAAGUGUAUUUUUGGUAUGAAGCUGGUUUUCUGUCACAGUUGUAAUUGCCCAAUUUUAAAAUAUCUUGUAAUAAAAUAAAAAUAUAUGAUGGGUAACUCUUCA